CCCGACCUCUGGGUUAACCUAACCCCGGAGCCAUGGCCUCUGCUGGGGUGGCAGCCGGGCGACAGGCGGAGGAUGCAUUGCCGCCAACGUCCGACCAGCCGCUGCCUGACACCAAGCCGCUGCCGCCCCCUCAGCCGCCGCCUGUCCCUGCGCCUCAGCCGCAGCAGUCGCCGGCGCCACGGCCUCAGUCAACUGCCCGCGCGAGGGAGGAAGAGAACUACUCCUUUUUACCUUUGGUUCACAGCAUCAUCAAAUGCAUGGACAAGGACAGCCCGGAGGUCCACCAGGACCUGAACGCCCUCAAAACCAAGUUCCAGGAGAUGCGCAAGCUCAUCAGCACCAUGCCCGGCAUCCACCUGAGCCCUGAGCAGCAGCAGCAGCAGCUGCAGAGCCUCCGGGAGCAAGUCAGGACCAAGAACGAGCUUCUGCAAAAGUACAAGAGCCUCUGCAUGUUCGAAAUCCCCAAGGAGUAGAGUGAGGCCGACUUCCUGAGAAACGGGGGGAAGCCAAUGGCCUGUCUCCCCACUACCAUCCCCAAAGUCUCCUUGGGGCGUGGUUCCUGUGGACCCCAGCUCAGAACCUCAAGGUGCAGGGGCGGGGCUCCUGUGCUGCUGCAUGUGCGUCGCCUGUACGGGAGCCAGCACCGAGCUUGGCUGCGCUGGGUUUCUUUGUGUAGAUCCAUAUGUCUAGAUGCAUAAUAACUGGAGUGCCUGCUGGUGGAAGUCAGAAUGCUCCUGGAGGCAGCGGAGGGGGUGGAGGGCUCUCCCCUGCCGCUGGGGAGGGGGCCAUCUGCUGCGCCGGGCUCCACUGACAGAUCUGAAGAGCACAGUAGGAAGGGAGGCAGUUCCUCUUUGCUUCCUUCCCUCCCUCUCCUCCCACCCCCAUAGGAUCAGUGUGUACCAGGUACACAUUGUUCCCGUUAAAGCAGCUUCUUGAAACAUUUGCAUAGAAUUCACUGGAUGAAUUAAGCCUGCGCUCAUAUGGCGUAGAACUGUGAGAUAAUGUUUUGAAAGGCCAGAGGGUGGCCUUUUUCCCAAACAGUUUGGUUCCUUUUAUGUUUGAGCCAGUGAAUGGAACUAUAGCUGUGGGGGUGUCAGCCCAGAGCCCUGCCAGGC